AUGCAGGUUCCGCAGGGCUGCCAUCCCAUUGGAUGGCUCGAGCUCCUGGCGGAAGCACGAGACAGCGCCGAGGUCCACGUGGGGAUGCGCUGCGAGGUCGAGAGGACCCGCAGAGGCGGAAACGACCGCUUGCUGGCAUGCGCGGCUUCCUAUGAUGACGAACCGUCGUCAGGAGCGGUCCUGCUGUCGCCUUUGUGCCCGCCGCUCGCGGUUGCCGGCCUGGCAGAGGGCCGCCCCCUCCAGAGCGUGCUAGGAGCCGCAGAGGCAGCCCUGGGGCUCGAUCUCGUGAUGGACAUCGUAGAUGUGGAGGCGAAGGACGGAUUUCCGCCGAAGGCGCGCGUCAGGGUUCUCGUCUGCGUGCACGACGCAGUUCUGGCCACGGCGGGCUGCGCGUGGAACGACCGGGCGCGGCGCAACCGCAGCAGCGUGGCGGCCCUCGCCCUCCUGCUGCGCGACCUUGAGCGCGACCCCCCGCCGUGGGUCGCGGACGUGACCUUCGCGGACGGCGCGCUCGACCUCCCACACCUCGCGGGCGGCCCGAAUCCGAUCCCGAGUUCCUCCCAGCGACGGGACACGUGGCCCGAGUCCCCCCCGCUGCUGACGCUCGUGGGCGUGUCGCGCGCCGUCCCUGCGGUCGACGCCCUGAUGGGCCGCGUGGAGAGCGACCGCGACGACCCGUCGCGCUCGGAGCACGCGGCAAGCCCCGGACGCGGGGCGUUCUCGCUCGAGGCGUGCAUCUCGUCCCUCCCGUCGCACAUGAUCGCGAUGCAGGACGACGGCGGCGCGCUGACCGGGCUCGGCGGCGCGGCCCCCGCGCGCACACGACGCACCGGCCCCUCCCUGCUGGACAUGCCCCCCGACGUGAUCCGACGGAUCUUCGAGCUGCUGGCCACCGCAGGCGACGCCCACCGGCUCGGCGCUACCUGCAAGGCGCUGCUGCACGGCGAGGCCGACGCGGUUCCGGGCCUGACGCGCACGGUGCUGUACCGGCACCAGCGCGCCGCGCUGCGGUGGAUGCAGGCGCGCGAGCACCGCGCCGGAGAGCGGCUGCCCCACCCGACGGUCCGGCGCCUCGCCGUCUGGAGCGGCGGCGGCGGCGACGGCGACGCCUCGGCCACGGAACUCGAGCACAGCUACAUGUACAUCAACACAUCUACCUGCGAAGUCGAGUCUGUGGUGGCGUCGAAGGACGAGGCCGCGGCGUGGGAGCGCGCGCACGCCGCGCGCGACUUCGGCGGCGGCCUGUUCUGCGACGACCCGGGCCUCGGGAAGACCGUGACGGCCGUGGCGCUCGUGCUGAAGACGCUGGGCGCCCUGCCCGGCUCGCUCCCGCGCGCGACCAUGCGGGACACGGAGACGCUCUUCUGGCACCCCUCGGACCCCGACCGUCUGUGUGGGUACUACGAGGAGGAGGAUCACGCGCACCUCGCCGCGCACCGGUCCCCUGCGCGGACCCUCCUGGGUCGCAGCCCGCCGGUCCGUUCCCCGCCGCGCGGGUCCCGGCGGCGCAGCGCGCGCUUGACGCUCGUUGCGGACCCUGCGGCGGGCCGCGACCCGGACCGCCGGGUGCGGUCCGCCCCGCUCCCGCCGCGGGUUCCGGCGCCGCCGUGCGACGACGCACGCGCGCAGAAGAUGUCGGGGCGCUGCGCGGAGUGCGAGGGCUGCGGGACGUGGCGCGACCUGCCCGCGGGCCUCGCGGAGCGGGUCGCGGGGCCGGACGCGCCCGAGAACGCCCCGUUCUGGUGCAUGCUGCUCGGCGACGGGGCGUGCUGCGAGUCGCGGUUCGGCGGGGGCGCGGCGCGGGACGGGGACCUCGGCCGCUACUGGGACGACGUGCCCGGCUUCUUCGCGCCCGACGGCGGUCCGGAGGAGCUGGAGGAGCGGUUCGAGGCCAACGUGACGCACUUUCGGCGCAUGUGGGGGCAGUUUGCGGCGCGGGGGCUGCAGGAGGUGGCGCGGUGCCUCCUCGCGGCGAUCGCCCUCGGGGUGCCGUGGAUCGAGGACGAUCGUUCGUCGCGGAGGGCGGCGCCGCGCGAGCUGAACGUCAGGCUCCUCCUGGACCGCGUGGCGCGCGAGCACGGCACCAGCGUGCGCCAGCAGUGCGAGGGCGCGGUCGCGGAGUUCCUGACCAGCGUGCUGCACGCCGAGCGCCUGCGCGCCAAGCCCGUCCGCCGCGCGACCGCCGGCGCGGCGGGCGACGCAUCCGGGAGCGACGCGCCGGCGACGACGCAGCUGCAGGGGGGGGGGGCCGCUGCGUCGGGUCCGACGGCGGAAGACGGGGACGACGACGGCGAGGCGGCCGCCCCUGCUUCUCCUCGGACGCCGACGCGUCGGCUGCCGCGGCUCGGCGUGCCGCACGGCAUCGCGGCGAUCCUGGCCGUCGACGUCGGGGCGGCGCGCGAGGCCGUGGCGCGCGGCCCCGCGGUGCCCCCGCGGCGCGUGCACCUGUCGCGCGCGACGCUCGUGAUGGUCCCGGACGACCUGCUCGCGCUGCAGUGGCGGGAGCAGAUCGAGCGGCACGUCGAGCCGGGGCGGCUGCGCGUGCUCCUGUACGACCACGCGGUGGUGCUGCGGACGCCGGCGCACGAGGUGGCGUGGGACUACGACGUCGUCGUCGCGACGCUGCGUCGCGCGAGCACGGAGGACCCGCGGAGCUCGGUGCUCCAGCGGAUCCACUGGCGGCGCGUGCUCGUGGACGAGGGCCACGUGUUCAACAAGUCCUGCGCGACGAACAUGCACCAGUUCACGGCCGGGCUGCGCGCGGACCUGCGGUGGAUCAUGACGGGCACCCCCGCCCCGCACACCGCGCAGGACGUCCGCAGCCUGGCGCCCCUGUUCCGCUUCGCGGACCCCCCGGGCCCCGACGGCGCGGGCGGCCACGUGGCCGCGCUGGUCGAGGCGUCGGCGCGCCCGAUGGCGGCGGGCUGCUGGGCGGCGCGCGAGCGCUUCGUGCGCGCGCUCGAGCGCUGCGUGAUCCGCGGCAGCAAGCGCGAGAUCGUGCAGCUCGCCGUGCGGCGGCGCGAGGUGGUCCUGGCGUUCGGGCGCGACCACGCGAGGUCGUUCAACCAGCUGGCCGAGGUCAUCAUGCGCAACAUGGUGCUGACGGACUUCUUCGACCCGGACCACCGCGAGUCCCUGCUCAACCCGGGCAACGGCGCGCUGGCGCGGCAGAUGUUCGAGAACCUCGCCAAGGCCUGCGUGAUGGCCGGGGGGUUCGAGUUCGUGGCCCCGGAGCGCCACAUCGGCGAGACGCUCGACCUCAUCGCGCGGCGGCUGCACCGCCUCGGCCGGGCCACCCCGGGGGAGUGCCCCGAGGUCGGCGCCCUGGACGACGGGGCCGCCGAGGCGCGGCACACGGUGCCGAGCCCGUCCGGGGACGCGAGCGAGCGGCUGUGCACGUGGACGAGCGCGCAGCACCCGCUCCACGGCGUCGAGCUCGCGCUGCGGUGCGGGGGGCGGUGCGGCUGCUGCGGGGCCGCGGCGCGCUUCCCGCUCGUCACGCCCUGCGCGCACGUGCUGUGCGUGGAGUGCGCGGGCGGCCGCGACGCCGCGAAGCGGCAGCGGGGCGGGCGCGCCGCCGUGCCGCCCCGCGACGCCGCGAGGGUCCGGUGCGGCGCGUGCGGCGAGCCGUACGCCAUGCAGCCCGUGUCGGACCCGGAGCGGAGGCGCGCGAACCCGCGGCCGAAGUGGGAGGUGCCCCUCGAGCUCAUCGAGUGGCAGCCCGGGUACGCCCAGCGCGGCGCCAGGGGCAUCGACGGCGGCGCGUGGCAGGCGCGGUGGGAGGCCACGCGCUCCUCCAAGGCCACCUACCUCCACCGGCGCCUCAGGGAGGUCGGGGCGCUGCGGCGCGGCGGGCCCAAGGCGGUGGUGUUCACGCAGCACUGGGGCCACCUGCAGGUCCUGGAGCGCCACCUGGCGGAGCGGUGCGGCGUGCACCUGCAGGUGCUGUCGAGCAAGAGGGAGAAGGCCGACCGGGAGCAGGCGGUGCGGCUGUUCCGGACGCGCCCGGUGUACAACGUGCUGCUGAUGGACGCCGUGGGCGCCGUGGGGCUGGACCUGCACUUCGCGCGGCACGUCUUCCUGAUGGAGCCGAUCGUGGACGGCGCGCUGGAGUCCCAGGUGGUCGCGCGGGCGUACCGCAUGGGCGAGGGGCGCGGGCACGGCGGCACGGUGCACGUCGAGGUGCUGGCGAUGCGCGGGAGCUCGGAGGAGGUGCUGCUCGCGGCGCGGCGGCAGGUGGGCGUGUCGCGCGCGACGGAGGAGGCGGGGUUCGGGGAGGGCGCGAGGUGCGGGGCGGAGGAGGACGCGCGGCAGGCGCGGCGGCUGUUCGUCAUGGAGCGGCUCGGGCUCGUGCCGGAGGACGCGUGCGACGACGACGACGGGGACGGGGGAGCGGAGCGGGAGGACGAGGCGCGCGUCGGGCCGGAGCGGGCGCCGUCGGGCGUGGAGGAGCCGCACGCCGUCGAGCUCGAGCGCCGCCCAAGGGUGAUGUUUGACGUGUGA